UGGAAGCAAGGCUCCAACGGCAUAGGCUAUAGCUGCCCUAUAGACCAACAACAAUUCGGAAUAAAAUACAAAAUCUAAGCAAACUGUAUCGGCGUAUGCUGUCAGCGGCCCUAUAAACCCCAACAACAACAACAACAAAAACAAGCAAACUGUAUGUAUGUAUUAUUUCCCUAAAGGAACAUCAUUGAUGGGUAUAGCUUGACUGACUUGACAGUGUCACUUGCUGGCAAAAUCUUGGCUCUCUCAAACAUGCAGAAAGUAACCAGGUUUUAUAAUUGUUUGUGGGCAGUAGCACAAACUCCCAUUAUACAUAAGUAUAUAGUGUUAUGCCGUAUACAUAACCAGAAUAAUCUUAGGUUUAUCCACAUGAAAAGAUCAUUAAAUGCUGUAAUUAUGUCACAGAAAGACAUCAAGGAAGAAGAUAUUGAUGAAGGGAAAGUACCAGAAAUAGUUAAAUAUAAAAAUGAUAAACGAAUUAUCUAUAGCUCACAUAUUGCUGACAGAAGUGGCAAAUUUAAAUAUACCACAAGAAAAUAUUUGGAACAUAAAUUGAAAGCUGAACAAGAUAGAGAAAAAAAGCGCAAAGCCAUUCCUCUCAUCAUUGAACAAAUGCUUGCAAAGCAGGAGGAAACUAGCGAUGACAUUGAACUGGGUAAUGACGAGAUUUCAAACAAAAGCAUGACAGUAUCAUACCCAUACUCUCACAUAGAAUAUAUUAACCUAAAAGAUCUUGAAUCACAAACAGAAGGAACAGAUUCAGAGCUUGAUAAUGUUGGCAUGGGUGUGAGAGAGGACAUUGCUUAUAGAAUGCAUGCCUAUGAAAAUGGAACUUUACAGAAGCUAGAAAAGUCAUUAAACAGCUUUUCAACUGAAAAUGCUUUUAAUGACUAUUUAAAUGAAGAAAAUUUAUUCAAUUCUUUCACCAAAGAAUUUGAAGAGGGUUUAAAUAGUGAAUUGGCUCCAUCUGGGAAAGGUGGGGCCAUGGUUGAUCCUGCCACCACUGUGAGUGAUGUGCCUUGUGGUGGAUGUGGAGCUCACCUACAUUGUCAGGAUUCUUCAUUCCCAGGCUUUGUUUCAAAAGAGCUUUUUGAAGGUCGUGAUCGUGGUGAACUGCGUAGUGUCUUAUGCCAGCGGUGCUUUUUUCUUAGAUACCAUAAAGUGGCCCUGAAUGUACGUGUCUCACCAUCAGUAUACCCAAAAAUUCUGGCACCAAUCAAAGAUCAGAAAGCAUUGUUAUUGGUGGUGGUUGAUCUUUUAGAUGUGCCAUGCUCCAUCUGGCCCAAGCUCAUGGAUAUCAUUGGCACACGCAGACCAGUGGUGGUGGUGGGAAAUAAGGUUGACCUUCUGCCAGCCGAUGGCAAAAAUCACCUUCACAGAAUUAAGGAAUCACUCACUGCAGCUAUCGCGAAGACUGACUUAGGUCGAGCAAAUAUUUGCCAUGUAGCUCUAAUUUCUUCACAAACAGGAUUUGGGAUUGAAAGUCUCAUCACAAAAAUCCAUAACUCGUGGGGUACAAAAGGUUUGUUUUAUAUUUCUUCAGCAUGGUAGUUGGAAUUGUGAAUAACAGUGCAGUGCAUAUUGUAGCAAUAAGUAUCAAGUGAUUAGCAAACAAAGGAAAAAAUAUGAGAGAGAG